AUGGGCCGUCUUCUUCUUAGCUUGCCGUCUCACCGGGUACGCUCACUUCAUCAUGCGCGCAAUCGCGUAGCCAUUGUCUUCUUCAUAGGAGCACUCAUCUUCCAUCAGCACAUGUACCUAGUCAGCCGACAGUCCCUAAGUGCAAAAUACACUGCCACCAACUUCAACUCGCGUGCUGGAGACCUGCGCGCUCGCUUCCCACCCGAAGACGGCUCCCGGUUCCAGGCUGAGCUUCUAGCCAACAGACAAGACUGGGAGGUCUUGGGAGAGGGCUUCGAAGGCAAGGUGUUUGCCUACCAAGACUCCGUCAUCAAGACCUUUACACCAGGCCAAAGUCCGUUCCGGAACUGCGCACCCAGCACCUAUCCAACUGCGAAAUGGCCGACCGAGAUACCUGCACAAUUGCGGUUUGGAGGUUCUAGUCUGACAAAGGUAAGGGGAAGCGGCCAUGUCGAGGAUGCAAAAAUAGACUUCAAGGGAUUCCUCCCCCUCAAGGCACACUUCAUGGCAUCCAAUUCACCCGGAAGUCCAGCAGAAUGGCAUCUAGUUACACCACUGUUGAAGGGCGGCACCCUUACUUCGCUCGCCAAGAAGCUCUCUACGGAACCGCAAACAAAAUCCUAUCGGGAGAUUGAUGCACUAUACCGGCCAGCCUUUAACCGACUGCUUGUGAACAUGGCCGCGUUCCACGAUGCAGGCUAUUGCCACGACGACAUCAAGCCGUCCAACAUCUUUAUCAAAGAUGAUUCUCAAUGGGUAAUGGGCGAUCUGGGUAACGUACGCGAACUCUCGCAUCCCUUUCAUUCAUCGCGCAUCUGGACAGACAACAAGCAGCUUGCCGACUGCCGAGCCAAUGACGUCGUUCGAGUGCUUCGAUCCUACCUAAAGUUCAUCCAAUCCUCCCUACCCGAUCCUGAGCCUUUCAACACGGCCCUAUUCCAAGCAGCCGAACCCACGAGCAAGCUUUUGUGGUGGACGCUCGCAGACGCGCCCAACAUGAGCGCCCAAGAACUUCGCCAGCGCUCCUUCUUCGAAUACCCAGAGGCAGCGCCCGCACCUGACACUGACGAGCGGUUUCCGCCACCUGUACCUCCUCGCCGCUCCUUGUUCACCCUAUUUUCCUCGGAACGCAGCGUACUCGGUGGCGCGGCUGAUGCUGCACUCCGGACUUCAAUGAACGAGCUUAGUGCGCGUCUAUGGGCCUGGGUUGGUUUAUUUGGUGUUCCCGAGGGCGAGAUUUGCGAAGCUUGA